AAAGCAUCAACUUCGUCUCACAAUUCGAAGGAACAACCCUGACUACCAGUGCUUCUCCUCAAUUAUACAGAAGUAUCACUCCUUUGGGAUAUGACUGCCCAAGAUAGCGACCCUGUCGUACCUUCCUCUCCUUUCGAAUUGCGCCAGGCGCAAAGCCUACUCAAUUACUGCAAAAAUGGCUAACGUCUACAUUAUCUCGUCCUCUCCACCGGCUCGGGAUUUGUCAAUCUUCGACAUGCCUCCAUCCUCACCAUUGCCUUCGGUCAAGGAUAUUCUGAAGAAGAAACCUAAAGCUCUGCAAACUGGCAGUCGCGCGGCCCCGAUCCCACAAUAUGCGACAGCAACAUUCACGAGUGCAGCUACGCUCCUCCAGAUCGCACCGUCGGAGGACCUUGAAUCGAAUAAGGACGAAGACUCUGCAAAGUCUGCGAAGCCCAAGCGACGCAAAGUUGUUGCAAAGAAAGUCGACAAUGGAGAAGCGAAGGUGGCGAAACCGAAGAAAGUGGCUGUCGGAAAAGCCAAAGUAGACGGAGUGGAAGAAGUGAAGAAGCCCCGAAAGUCAAAACCAACAGUUGUUGAAGGAGCUGAAGACGGCGCAGUCAUUACAAAAGCACUUCCGGCGCGAAAAUCUCGGGCAAAGAAGGCUGAGAAGAAAACGGAAGAUGAGACCGUAAAAGAAAAGCCAGGACGAAAGACAAAAGCCAAAAAGGACACCGAAUCUCAGACUAGACUACCUAAGGGUAAAGUCACAAAGGCUUCGACUGCGUCAUCAAAGAAGGUUGCUUCCAAAGUCGGCCCGGAUCCAUUUCAGGACUCCUUAAACAAUGGAUUGGUAGAGGCUGUUCGAAGGAGGAUUACUUGGACUCCGCCUCCGCAGUCAGGCAUGCAAUCUUUUACAACUCCUGUAGACGUCGGGCUGCUUGAUGGGAGUGUAUCAGCUUCCUCGCUGUUCUCUGAAGAGAAGAGUAAAGGCUUCACGGAUCUACUUGGCAAAUUUGGUUUCACAAAAGCAGAAGGCAAUGUCCAGAAGCCCACAACAGCCGUGGAAGCAGUUCGAAAGCGGAAGCUUAUUGAACUGGUGAAAACAAGCGCUGCAACGGUUACAGCAGCAUCUCCCGAAAAAGUACCUAAGAAGAAGCCAAGGACGCUCACAGAUCUGGCAACUUCUGCCUAUGCCAAGGAGGAGGAAUUACCACAGGCAGUUUCUGCACCAUUGCUGCAAUACUUUUCUCUCCAGGCUACGGAGUGGACUACAUCAGAUGGUUUCAAGAUUCCAUCAAAGCCACGAUCGAAGAGCCCUGUCAAACGAGGAUCGAAAGUGAAGAAGGGCUCGGCACAGGCUCCCAUUCUCCUGUCUCCCGAGUCUGCCAUGAAGCAAGUUGGCAGACAAGACUUUGUGUUUGGUACAUCUAGUCAAUUGGCAAGGGAGGAUUCACCUACCCUUCUUCGUGAUUUACACGAGGCAAUGCAAGCUUCCAACGUGGCAGAUGUUGACCCAUUUGCUGAGCAGUUAACUGAGUCGGUCUCGCAGACUUUAUCCAACCGAGGGGUGUCUAAUGUGUCUGCUAAGCGGAAUCUUUGGUCUGCUGCGUCACGCGAUAUUGCGGGCAACCUGCAAAGCGUUGAGUUAGUGGACCUGAUAAACACUCCAAUAGCCACAAGAACUGGAGCUCCCCAGCCUGCCAUUGAUAUACUGACUUCAGUGAUCGACGAAGACAACGAUUUCUGGCAUGAUGUAGAAGAGAUAAAUCAGACAUUAACCCAGAAUCUGCAGCAGAUUGAGUCACUAUCACAAGCUGACCCCAAGGAAAUUUCUACGGGAAGGCUGUGGGCAAGUCUUACUGAAAGGCCGAUCUUGACAGAUCCGUCCCAAGAGUCAAUCUUACCUGCGUCGAGCCAACCGCCAACGGUCAGUCAAGCAGCCCCUGAAGCUGCCAAGAAACCUGCAAAGACCAAACAAAUUUUACAACCCGAUUUCUCUUCAUACACAACAGCUCAAUUGGCUAAGGAAAUUGCAUCGUAUCGCUUCAAGCCUAUCAAGAGUCGAGAUCAGAUGAUUCUUCUCCUGGAAAAGUGCUGGGAAGGAAAGAACAGAACUGCCUUGGCUGCUUUAGGCACAAACACUGCUCCUGUUCCACGGGCGGACACUUCAAAAACAGCCUUCUCCACACAUAAUCAAAUGGAAGCAUCUCCAAAGCGACCUCGUGGGCGACCGAGAAAAGAUAGUACGACCGUAUCACCAGCAAAAACCAAGCCAAAAACUACACGGAGGAAGUCGUUGGAUACUGUGGAGUAUUUAGAAAUGGACAGUGACACGCCAUUAUCACAGCUUCGAACACCAAAGAAAUCGCAGAAGAGAUUGAAAGAGCCUGUCGAGGAUAUAUUCGACCCAGAAUCUAUAAUGACACCAUCACCACCCCGACGUAAAGGAUCGCCGAAAAGAACCAAAGCCCUCACGUUGAAGAUUUCAAGCUCAGUCAGCGACGCUAGUCUUGAACUAUCCCCCACAUCGUCUCAGAGACUUCUGUUCAGACACAUAACUUCUGCGGUGACCAAUGCACCAUCAGCCAAGAAUUCCACAAAUCCUAGCUGGCACGAAAAGAUCCUUUUAUACGAUCCAAUCAUUCUGGAAGACUUAACGGUAUGGUUGAACACUGGUGCUUUGGAGAAAGCUGGUUGGGAUGGAGAGGUGGAUCCGAAAGAGGUCAAGAAGUGGUGUGAGAGUAAGAGUAUAUGUUGUUUAUGGAAAGAGAACUUGAGAGGUGGUACGAGGAGUCGGCAUUGAUGAUUGCCUGGAUGGUAUAGGCACAGCCCCGUAAUGUGCUACCUGUCUUGAACACGAAAUAUGCUUUUCGCUACUCCCCUGCCCAGAUCAUUGACUGUCCCACAUGCGCCGAUAAUUCUCGUGCAAGGCACACCUAAUGUCCUUUCUCCGCUUCCGUCGUCAUUUAUUGCGUGUUCCGUACUGUUCGCACAAACUACUGUGUCUUGGUGGUAUUACCAGAUGGCAAGGAAACUAGGAUGUUUCCUUUGUGACCCUACCUCUUGUCUUGAGUCUCGCUUUGACAGCGCGCUUUCCACGAAGCGAUAAUUUCCAGCCUCAUCCUCCCAUUUCCCUUCAUCAUCGAAGCGAGUCACCCGCAUCAAUUGUUCAAUCAUCAUCAUUCCAGCUACCGGGGAUCUUUUUGAUCUUUUCCUCGUCGGCUUGUGCUUCGACCCAGGCCCAGAAGUCUGUUGCCCAUGGGUUCGAAGCGUAGAGAUCUUCAAACUCGAUGUAGAAGUCGUCUGGUGUUUCUCCAAUCCAAAGCUCUAAUAGCUCGACGUUACAUAUGGUAAAAUUCCCAUCACUGUCCCACACCUUUCUUUCUGAUGCCCAUGUUGUUUCACAGUUCUUGUACAUUUCGUUUUCAACUCGUCCGUAUUCCGCAAGAUCAACGCCAGCACGUUUGAGAAGCUCCAGCCACUCCUUGAUAACAUACUUUUCAGUAGGGCGUUGCGCGAUAUCGCAGAGCAGUUCUAAUAACGGAGUGUGUCCAUCGUGUGAGAUCGAGUGUAUAUCUGCACCUGCAUGGAUUAUGUCCAGGAUAAGUCUUUCGAGACUGAGCCGGUUUUGCACCUCCAAUAUCGUGCUGAGCCACCAACAGUUAAUAAGUAAAUUGAAAAAAAGGCCUUCUUCGCAUGUGCCAUGCGCAAAUUCCUGAAGUGUCUCUUCUGUGAUUAAUUGGCAAUAUGAGUCAAGCAAGUUCACAUCAUAGCAGAACCAAGCUUGAGCCAAAAUAAUAUUCACAUGGUCCAAUGGCUGCAUGGUCUUCAGAUCCCAAUCGCUCUCUUGAAGAAGCCAGCUGGCAGAAGAUGCUGUUCCUGUAUAAGCAUGUAAGGCUGUUCGCGAGUACUGGUCUUCGAGCAUAGUGUCCGCGCCGAUUGCCAUUAAGGUCUUGAUGGCUCUGUCGAAAUCUUGGCUAAUCUUGGUACCACCGUCAGGUAGGAUCUUCUGUCGGUUGAAAACUUGCCUUCCUUCCGUUGUUAAGAUUCUUCCGGAGUGUAAAAGUAGAUGCAGGGGUGUUCUGCAUUAUCAGCGUUGACUGUGAGACUAGGGUUGAGGAUUCUUUACGAGUAAGCAGGCCAACCACGAAAUGUCUCGGUACUUGGCAAGUCUUCUUCAUAUUCAUAACAGCCUUUGCCUAACUCUAUUUCAAAGAAGUCCAGACAUAAUUGCCCGUGCCAGGAUGUUCGAGCAUUGAUGUCUGCGCCAUGCUCAAAUAGGAACUGGCAAAUCUCAGGGCGGGCAUAUAAAGCUGCGUACUACUUCAAAUGUAAGCGGAAGCAUCCGAGUUGACUUGAGCUGAGGUUGGGCAGCCUUACAUGCAGUGGCGUCCUUCCGUCUGGGUCGAUCUCAAAAGGUGAAGCUUCUCCAGUCGCGAAUAAGAUUUGUAAUCCAGCUACAUUGCCGUCCAUACAGUAAUCGAAAACCUUCGCCUCGUAGGAAACCAUUCGAUACGAGCGGAAGCUCUGGUCCCAGCCUUGACGAGACUUCAUCAUUCUCAACUCGAAUCUCCUGGCAUAUAUCCACUUCGGUAGGCCAAAGUAUACAGAUGUUGUUGUGUUAUGCUCACCGGCGGCUAGGACAAUGGAAACUAAGCCAGAUACCAAAUUCAUGCCAGCUUGGCUCUUCAACCGGGCUCGCUGGCGGAUAUGUUCAUAGAUAUGGAUGCCGGUUUCCUUCUGCGACAUCUCGAUAACAGCUUCUUCUUCAACUUCUUCUUCUUCUUCUUCUUCUUCUUCUUCUUCUUCUUCUUCCUCAACCCGAGUUGCAUUGAUACACCGUGGCAGGUUUUGUUCACAUGAACCGCUUGGACGUGGAUCGGUCAUCACAAAGGAGCGUAUCUGCACCACCUCCCGUUCCACGAUACUCUGGUGUCGCUCAUGGCUCCUUCGUAAGUCCAGGACGUCCUGCUCUAAGCUACUCCAUCUCUGGCUCUGGGUGGCUUGGUAGUAUAUCUGAUUCGCAAGUUGCAUUGUCGUCUUGGCGCUUUCGAUUUUCUUUCGGAAACUACAAUCACCAUUAACACAAGAUCUUCCAUCUUCCGUCAAGAGGCUAAGCCUUACUCAUCCAUCUCCCCCUUCUUCAUCACAGUCGCAAAUCUCGCCUUAAUCUUCCCUUUCCCCUUUGUACCCCCUAAGCCCUCCUCUAACCUCGUAACAAUAGCCACCAAACCCUCUGUUGCCGUCUUACAUAGCCUCCAACUCUUCAUGAUAGCUACUUUAACCCGCGGAUUCAGAAACACCUGUUCUUGCAUAGAUCUAUCAACAUCCUCGAGUAUCCCACUCAGCGUCUCGAGUUCCUCGAUGGCAAACAGGACAUCAGCAGGCGCCGAUUGCAUCAGGCUGUAGAAAGUCUUCAGCUUGUUAAUUGUUUCUGCUAUUUGGAUCGCAAGCGAGACCACAACGAAACCACUGGCGACUGCGCCUAAGGUUUCAGCCAUGUCGAUGGAGGUUGACGGGAGAAGUUGGGACGAGUUGGAAAUCAAUGAGAAUCGGAGUGGGAGGAAAGAGAAAACAGGAAGGGCAUCAGGGAGAUGUGAUGAGCUGGUCGUGGGAACUGUGGCUUGGCUCAUGCAGCCUUGCGUGAAGCCUAUCUUGUGUGACGACGCAGGGAUUGACACCACUGCCUUUGGGGAUUGGCUGCAUAUGAGACCUCCAUGCCUUUUGCAGGCUCAGAAAUGGAGUCUCCUAAAAUGGGUUUGCGACCACGAUCGGGCCUUACAUCUUUGCGUAUGUUGUGGUAGCCACCUCUUCGGUCGGGCUUGGCGUCUAUGCUGAAAUCUUGUGCUUUGUCGAGCGGCAGUAACGGUUUCGACAUCUGGAUCGAGUCUGGUUAUGCUUCAGAGAGAUUUUUGGGUGAUACUCAUUCCAAUUUGGGUUUUCUGUCACUCGUUGUAUCAGGGGUAGACCUUCCACUUGCUAGGCAGGAAGCUCGGGGUUGCAUGAAGUUAUUGUCUGAAAUGAAGGCUU